CGCGGCAGUAACUCAAGACCUGUUCUCAGAAUGAUUCCGCGAGUGAUUCUCACGUGUGAAUUUUAAUUUUAAAUAUCUAAUUUGAAGGGAUAGGCGAAAUGAAGUGAGUAUGAUUCAGGAAGAAUUGUUUGAUCUUUUGUGCUAGUCAGUGAGGAAAGCCGCAAAACACUGGAAACUGGAGUCAAGGAUUGUUAUUAUACUGGAAGUUAUAAUUUAUUAAAAAAAGGAAAUUAUUAUUUUUCAAAAUGUCUACUAUCGAUGAAACGGAACGACUCCUGCCCUCUACUUCAAUUUCAGUUGGAAAACCAAGAGUUUCUUAUCGAUCAGUCGUUUUUGAUUCUCAUGUUGGGAUCACAUCCCAAAGUCACACUCCAGAAGCAUCUUUGCAGAUGGAACCGAUUGACGAUUCAGGUAAAAGUCUAGGUGGCGAACCACAUGAUAAAAUUAUUUACACUUGGAGUGAUGUAAAUGUGUAUGCAGCAACCACAAAUAUACGUUUUUGGGAUCGAAUGUUUUGUAAAAAUUCUCAGGGGACGAUUCAACAAAAACAUCUCCUUAAGGAUGUAUGUGGAGUAGCAUAUCCUGGUGAAUUACUAGUCAUCAUGGGAUCCUCUGGUGCUGGAAAAACUACUCUUUUAAAUACCCUAACUUUUCGAUCUGGCCGAGGAGUCACAACUUCUGGAACUAUGGCUGCAAAUGGACAAAGAGUCACCUCCAGUGUUCUCACUUCCAGAAUGGCUUAUGUUCAGCAAGAUGACCUUUUUAUUGGUACCCUCACUGUACAAGAACAUUUGCUUUUUCAAGCUAGGGUCAGAAUGAAUAGGCAAAUUCCGUUUAUACAGAGGGUACAGAGAGUCGAUGAAGUCAUUUCAGAGCUCGCAUUAACCAAAUGUAGAAAUACCGUGAUAGGAAUACCGGGAAGAUUAAAAGGCCUCUCAGGUGGAGAAAUGAAAAGACUUUCCUUUGCUUCUGAAGUUUUAACCGAUCCUCCACUUAUGUUUUGUGACGAGCCCACUUCCGGUCUUGACUCCUUCAUGGCACAUCAAGUCGUUUCCGUUUUAAAAGCCCUAACAGCACGUGGAAAAACAAUUGUAACGACUCUUCACCAGCCUUCUUCUGAACUUUUUUCACUUUUCGACAAAAUUCUUUUAAUGGCAGAAGGGAGAGUUGCAUUUAUGGGAACUGGAGAACAAGCCUGUUUGUUUUUCAAGACUUUAGGAGCAGCUUGUCCAAGCAAUUACAACCCAGCGGACUACUUCGUACAAAUUUUGGCCGUUGUUCCCGGACGGGAGAUUUCUUGUCGUCAAACGAUCAAUACAAUUUGUGACACUUUUCAAAAAAGCGCCAUGGGAACGAAAAUUGCCUUGGAGGCUGGAACAAUUCAGGGUGAAUACGAAGAUUUAGUGGAUUGGAAAAUUGGAUCUUCGAGAGGAACUUCGCCAUACAAGGCUUCCUGGUGCGAACAGUUUCGAGCAGUGCUCUGGAGAUCCUGGCUUUCUGUCAUCAAGGAACCAAUUCUCAUCAAAGUUAGGUUCCUACAAACUGUGAUGGUGUCUCUUUUGAUUGGAACCAUCUUCUUUGGACAGCGUUUAGAUCAAGAUGGAGUGAUGAAUAUUAACGGAGCCAUUUUUAUUUUCCUCACAAAUAUGACUUUCCAAAAUGUGUUUGCAGUCAUCAAUGUCUUUUGUGCCGAGCUGCCAAUUUUUUUACGAGAACAACGGAACGGAAUGUACAGAACAGAUGUUUAUUUUCUCUGUAAAACUUUGGCAGAAGCGCCAAUAUUUAUUGCUGUACCUCUUAUUUUUUCAUUUAUUUCCUACCCGUUGAUUCAUCUUUAUCCUAGCAUCGAUCGUUUUUUCAUCGCUGCUGGUAUCAUUACUUUGGUAGCAAAUGUCGCUACUUCAUUUGGAUAUCUUAUUUCCUGUGCAAGUUCAAGUAUGUCUAUGGCUCUUUCGGUAGGACCUCCAAUCAUUAUUCCAUUUUUACUUUUUGGUGGUUUCUUCCUAAAUACAGCAUCCGUGCCAAAGUAUUUCAAGUGGUUUUCGUAUUUAUCCUGGUUUCGUUAUGGAAACGAGGCUCUACUUAUUAAUCAGUGGUCAGAAGUAGAUUCUAUUGCUUGCAUUAGAAGUAAUACUACCUGUCCAAAAUCUGGGGAUAUGGUUCUCCAAAUUUACAACUUUAAGAAAGAGGACUUUUUGAUGGACAUCACCUGUUUGAUUUGUCUCAUAAUUGCUUUCCGAUUUCUAGCAUUUCUGGCUUUACUUUCAAAAACUUAUCGGUCACCGGUAUACGGGAUAUUUUCCCUUUUUAAAUGGGAGAAAUAUUACACAAAAUAUAAUAAAAAUAAUUCUAAAAAACUAAGUUUCCAAAAAUAUAACGCGGCCCACUGUAGGAGGUUGUUUUCGAUGUUUCAAAAAUCUUCUACGGACUUUAGGGGUGAAUCCGGUAUAAGAGGUGUGACCCUUACCUGGCAAAAUGUCAGUGUCUACGCAAUGGAUAGAAAUCGAUCGAUUUGCAAACAACUGAUCAAUAAUGUGAGGGGUGCAUUAAAACCUGGAGACCUCACGGCAAUUCUCGGAGGAAGUGGAUCGGGAAAAAGUUCUUUAAUGACAGCGUUGGCUUUUCGAACUCCUCCUGGUGUCAUCGUCCAUGGGGGAAUCAGAGCAAAUGGAAGGGAAGUCGAUUUGUCUUACAUGAGACACCAUAGUGGAUUUAUGCAUCAGGAAGACGUUUUCAUUGGAACAAUGACAGUAUUAGAACAUCUUUGGUUCAUGGCUCGAAUGAAAUUGGAUAGGAGAAUGGUAACUUGGGAGAUUAGACAGCGAAUAGAAGCUCUUUUACGUGAAGUGGGUCUUGCUGCGAGACACAAUGUUCGAAUUGGAAAUGGUGGUGAUAAAGUUUUAUCAGGGGGAGAACGAAAAAGACUUGCUUUUGCCACCGAGCAGCUUUUAACCGAUCCGAGAAUUUUAUUUUUGGAUGAACCAACAACUGGUCUUGACGCACAUUCAGCUAGUUUUUUAAUCUCACAAUUAACUUCUAUUGCUAAUCGGGGACGAACUGUUCUUUGCACAAUUCAUCAGCCCAGUUCAGCGAUUUUUAAUCUUUUUCACAAAAUAAUUUUGGUUGCUGAUGGGAGAAUCGCUUUCGCUGGAUCGAGUGAACAAGCCAUUCAGUUUUUCGCAAACCUCGGUUACGAGUGUCCGGUUUCUUACAACCCUGCUGAUUUUUUGGUAGCAACUCUGGCAAUUGCCCCAAAACAGGAAGACAGUAGUCGAAGGGCAGCACAAAGAAUUUGCGAUGCCUUUCUCUCUAGCGAUGCUUCUAAAGAAAUCGACGUCACUAUUCAACUUGAACUUCACGUCGGAGGGACUGUUUCCCAAAGCGCAGAAUCUGAUGAGAUCGGUGGCUUUAAGCAGCCUAAUUGUUGGACAAGAAUGUUUUGGUUAACGCAUCGAGGAUUUAUGCAGGUUUUACGAGAUCCAUCAGUUCAACUUCUUAGGAUGGUACAAAAAAUGAGCGUGGCAACUGUGGCAGGUCUUUGUUUCGUAGGGACAAUUAAUUUAGAUCAAUUAGGUAUCCAAGCAGUUCAGGGAGUAAUUUUUAUUCUUGUCGCUGAAAAUACUUUUUUCCCAAUGUAUUCUACUUUGGCAUUAAUUCCUCAAGAAUUGCCCCUUUUUCUAAGGGAAUACCGAGCAGGAAUGUAUCCUGCUUAUGUGUAUUAUACUUCUAAAGUGCUCUCAUUGAUUCCAGGCCUAAUUAUCGAACCAAUAAUAUUUGGCGUAGUUGUUUAUUGGUUAGCGGGUCUUAGAGACACAGCAGAAGCAUUUGGUCUUACGCUGAUAAUUUUAAUUUUUACCAUGAAUGUUUCAACAGCCUGCGGAUGCUUUUUCUCGGCAGCUUUUGAAAACGUUCCUGUUGCUAUGGCGUAUCUUGUCCCCUUCGAUUAUGUCUUAAUGGUGACAAUGGGACUCUUUGCGAAACUUGAUUCGCUCCCAAUUUAUAUUCGAUGGUUGAAAUAUAUCUCUUGGCUUUUACAUUCUACAGAGGCUCUUUCGAUCGUUCAGUGGAGAAAUAUACAGAAUAUAUCUUGUGUAGCGACAAAUCCUGACUUGCCAUGUAUCACGAAUGGAUCUGAUGUCCUCGAACAUUACGAUUUUAACGAAAAUAAUUUUUGGCCUGAUCUUGUCUUAAUGGCCUUAAUGUACAUGAUUUUUCACCUUCUAGGCUAUUUUUGCCUAUGGAGGCGUUGCCGUGCCAAAUAAGAAUGAAAUCAACUAUCAAAACUAUCGAUAGUAUUCAAAGGCGGAUCCAGAGAGAAUAUAUUAUUUAAGGAUUCUUAAUUUCCUUGACAAAUUUGAACCCCCUAAUUAUUAGACCUUUUUUUAUUUAUUUUUUACCCUAAAAUGAUAUUUUAACCAAGGGAAGAUUCUCAUUUCAAAUAAAAAACAGGG